CACAUUUUGUACGUUCCGAUUUUUCACUGUACUUUUUACACCACCGACAUUGAAAACGUGAAAUAUCUGCAAAACUACGGAAACCGCUUACAGACUCAACAAACAUCUGAUGAUUUCUUCGUAUACAUGUUUAGGAGAAACCACUGUGUACAGGAAGAAUUUCUGAGCACCUGCGAAUAUAUUUAAUCGGACUUUUAACCCCACAGAGUCUAACGACAAGCAUUGGAAAUCGAGGGUUUAGGGUUAAAAUCUUUCUGCUUGUCGUGCUUUGAAAUGAUCUGUCUUGUGUUUUAACUAAUGACUAGACACCCAGUGACAUAGCAACACACUCAAUUCUAUAACUGAAAUGGUUAAGAAGAGCAAUAAGAAAACACCAAAGAAGAAGAAUAUAAAGAGCAGCAAUGAUGAUAAGAUUAAGAAGUUAGAAGAUGUGAGAAGGAUAGCUACUGUUAAUGCCAAGUUAUGGGAGACUAGAGUGGAAAUUGCGGAAAAAGUCAAAGACAAGAUCCAUUAGCGGAUGAUAAUGCCAGACUUAAUGAUGCUCUACGUCAAUCAGAAAAGGAAUCAAUGGAUGUGUUUUCUUACUUAAAAAAGCAAAAUGAAGAUAAAGACAGUGAGCUAAAAGAACUUAAAAGCAAAAUCGAAUCCAUGUCCAUUUCUCAUGAAAGAGAUAAAGAGUUAAUUAUCAGGGAUGCAAAACAACAGAUUUUGUGCAUAAAUAGUGAAAAGGAAAAAAAGUGCGAUAAAAUUAAGGAACUCGAACAGGAAAUAAUGCAGUUGGAUGAAUAUAAAAGUGAGAAAACACGAACUGAAAACGAAAUAAAACAGGUGAAUGGAUACAUUGAUCUACUUUAGUUGCGCGAUGAAAUUCAAAAUCAAAAGUGUCUCAUUGAGAAUAUGGAGACAAGGUUCUUCGAAGAGAAGCUAAAAAUGAGGGAAAGUAGCAUAAAAGAUAUCAAAGCUCUGGCAGAAGAAGCACACAAGAUUUCCAUUAAGUUGCUUUCAUAAUAACAAUAACCAAAUAAUUAAUAAGAAAUUUAGACGAUUCCGUCAAGUUAUCAUUUGUUCAGAACGUCGCAAUGAGGAGAUUUAUAACGUUUUUAAGAAAACAGCUGGUGUCAGCUGAGGACUUAUCAAGAUCUUUGAACGAAGAAAACAAAAAGCUUACUAUAGAGAAGGAAACCUUGGAAGGCAUUUUGUUGUCAAAGUCCUUGGAGUGCAAAAACCUGAAGGAACUUAUUCAAGAGAAAGAUGAAAAAAUUGAACUUUAUCAAUAUGAAAUCAAACAGUUAACUGAAGAUUUAAAUAAACAAAAAACUAUAUUCAGUGAACAAGUGACACUUCAAACAUUUGAAGCAUCUAAAUCAAUAGAGAAAUUAACUAAAACAUUAGAAUUAGAACGUAAACGAAUGAUACGUAUAUCUAGUUUAGCAAAUAGAAUUUUACAACAAAGAAAUGAAAUUGAAGAAUUCUUUAUUACAUCAUUAAAUUAUGUUCGUGAUGAGAUCAAAGUGAAUCAAAAUAAUUAUAUUCAUGAUGCCAAAUCCGCAUAUGAAGCCAGUAUACGAUUAGCACAUUUAGGUAAAUCAAAUUAUCCACCUAUUAGAACAUUUCAAAAUAAGAUAACUAGUACAAAUAAUGUAUAUGAUGAUUUUAAAAUUGCUCAAAAAAUUCCGAAAUCAACACAUUUAACAAUUCGUGAUUUAACAUGGGAACAAAAAGAACGUGUCCUUUCUAUUUUAUUUGAAAAAAUGAAUCAUUCCAAAAUGAAAUUUAAUCAUAAAACUAAUCAUAAUAAAUCACCAAUGAAUCAGUUAAAUGAUCAAUUUAAUAAAGAAUUAAUCAUACAAAUGAAUAAUUGUAACAAUGGAACUAAUCAACAGCUUGCAGUGAAUGAAAUUGAUUCCAAGUCAAUUCUAUUGACAAUCGAUAAUGAUGAUGAUGAUGCUGAUGCUGCUGAUGCUGAUGAACAUAAUCAAGGUAAAAUAAAAGAUCAAGUCAAUUAUAAUAAUGAUAAUGAUAAAGUAAAAGAGAAUUGUCGAAAUCAAUCUAAAGAAUUAACAAAGAAACUUUAUGAAAAAGUCAUUCAAUACAAAGAUCAUGUAAUCGAUGAAACGAAUUCAAUUAAUCAAUCGGAUGUUCAAUGUACAUUAAAAAAUGAUUAUGAAACUAUUCAUCAAAGAAAUAUUGAUUCUACAAUGAAUUGUCAAAUAAAUCAAACUAAAGUACCAUAUCCAUCACCUCAAUAGAAUAAAAGAGAAUAUGUAUUGGUUAAUGAUAAUGUGAGAAAGUCAUCUUUAGUGAUUUAAAGAAAAGACAAUUCAAUAUUAUGUACUAUUUCGACAGAUUACAUUCAUACAAAUUGAUAUUCGUUUUUUUUUUCUUUUUUAUAGGAGUUUUGUUCUUUGAGCUGGAUGAUUUGGUUGUGGAGCUUUCAUCAUUCUGCUGAACGACAUCAUCAGCAUAAAUUUCAGGUAGAAGUAAAGCUUGUAAAUAUUGUGAUAAAAGAAGAAGGUUAAAUUUAUAUAUUAGGAGUUGGGCUAGUGUUGUGAGUUUGGUUUUGACCCUAUACGGCUUUAAUCACCAACAUUCAACAAUUAUGAUGUAAUGAUGCUUUUCCAUCCAUCCUUUGCUUUACAAACUUAAAAACUGAGGAUUGAGAUUUAGAGUCAGGAGUUACAUUGAGAAGAUGUUGUUGCAAUUACGAAAGCAUCCUUGACUACACAUUAAAUUACAUUCAGUACUUCAAUAUAUGAUCUGCAUUAGGAACAGAUAUUUAUUUCUUUUGAUUUAACUUCAGCAUCAUGUGAAUGUUAAUUCACUGUUUAGUUGCAUAGUAGACAUUCUUUUUCGAUUUCAAGCAUUUUCGAAACCAAACAUUGUCAAUUUCCAUUUAGUUAAUAUACCAACAGCUUAUAAGCUAUUUAACAUUUCAUUUUGAAUUUCUCGCAUAGAUAUACGAGGUGGUACUUGAACUGUGAUUGUUUCAGUCAAGAUCAG